UAUGCAUAAUGACCAAAAAUGUCAUAACCAUAAUGUGCUCUGUGCCUUGACCCCAUUAUCGGAGUGUCCCAUCGGUUCCGUCGAAAGGUUCACAUCAUCAAUAAUUUAGAGGCUCGCAUUUGUUGCAGGAAAGUCGGGAGCGAAACAUAAGCGUGGGUCAAGGGUUCCUCGACUGUUUUCAGGCCACCCCGAGCUAUCGAUUUAAUUUAGAGACCGGAUAAUUGCGUGACAAUCAGCGGAUUCAAGUACACGUAUCGUAUGUCCAGGCGGUUUAAUGACCAUCGACCUCAGUUGGCAGCCAAACAGACACGGGACAGGUCGGGAAUAACAAACUCAUCGGUGGCCAGAACGGAACAAACAUUGCUAUUUGACGAGCUCUUCAGACCAGGGAUAAACCGAUAACAAGAGAUACCGAUCUGAUAAGCCCAUUUACUCUGCGGGUUCAGUGGAAGAUUUAUUCCCCAUCCGAGUCAUACGCUCUGCGAAGUUUCAACCGAUCAGUGACCACAAUGCGCCUGAGAUUGCUAGCUAUAUGGGUUUCCCUAGCCCUUUUACUUCAAUGGAGUCGGGCCCAGGAGGAUAAUAUACAGGAAGUCAGCAUAAGUGGAGGAUCCGAAGGCGAAAGCUCGGAUAAAAAUGAAGAUCAGGAAACGGAAAUGAAGGAAAAUGGUGUUGGACUUCCAGGAGAAAGCCAGACUUUUAUGAACACAACAGAAUUGCCAACCGAUGACAAAGAUUCCGUAAUGGGUACCCAAUCAGGAGAGGAUAAAAACCAGCCUGAUGAAAUCAGUGUGGGCACAAAUUCGGAAAUGGAUCACAAAACAGAGGCGGGUGCAAAGGAGCCAGAAAAAGAAAGUACCGUUUCGUCUUCUCCACCGGAAACUCUGGAAACUAAUAAAGAUGACACACCGUCCGAGAAUUCAGAUGUGUCGCCUACGUCUACUCAGGAAUCAUCUUCGGAAGUGGAACCCAAUAUUUUAAAUCAACCACCAACUUCAGCUGAGGGGAACACUCAUCCAGCCAACGAAACAGCAGUCAUAUCAGCGGGAGGAUCACCCGAUUAUCCGAGUAAUGGACCCCAAGGGGACACCACACCUCGACCCACAACCGAAACCACCUUGGCACCACUCACGCCCGCAAUUUCCGACCCAUCAUUUGCUCCUUUGACCUGCUACUCCUGCAUGUUCUGCAAUCAAACGACCAAGAAUGAGACCAAGUCAAACUGCCCACCGAUACCGGGUAAACGAAAUGGAUGCCGUACCAUUCUUGUUCGAGAUCCCUUUGUUGUGCCGGGUAAAAGGAAUUAUUUGAGUCGAGGCUGCAUUUCCGAGUUAGAAAUUUCGUUUCCCCGUUAUUGCGAUGAUAAUAAGAAGCUGUGUUCAACGUGCUACGAAGACAAUUGUAAUAUUCAUAAUAUGACACAAUUUGAAGAGACUCCGGGCACUGCUACUGCCAACCAACAUCAACUGGCCCCAUUUCUUAUCUGGAGCAUCUGUUUAUUCAGUUGGCAGGGGCUAUAUUAGAAAAUACCAGCCCCCGCAAUUCUGAGUCAUAACAAUUAAUAAGUAAAUGGAGAGUGGCGCACUUAAAAAUCGAUAAGUAUGACUAAUAUUGAGCAGAUUAGAUCGGCAGUCUGCUUAGAUA